AAUAUAAUGGAUCUUGAGAAAUAUAUUAAUUAUAUGGAGGAAAAGGAUAUACAUGAUGUACUUAAUAACCAGGAAAUUUUAAACCUAGCUACUAACCCAAAAUCUGCAGAAAAUGAAAGUAACAAAGAUGAUA